AAACAUGAUGAACCAAGUAUCACUCAGGCAGAACUGGUCAACUGGGUAAGGGAAACACUCAGCAAGACUAUUAUACAAGAAACAAUUUCAAAUACACUUAAGUAUUCCACUGAAAUUUUGACUGAAGAUAUAAUAAUCAAUGCCAAGUGGCAACGUCAGCAUAAGGUCAUAUACCCCAAACUUGAAGAGUAUCUGUUUGAGUAG